CUUCUCAAAUUUAACAAGAAAGAACUCUAUUCUUAAGGAAAAAAAACAAAAAAAAGGGCUAACUCUAAACUCAUUUCUGCUCCAUCGCUUCUCAACAUUGAAAUUCCGACCCCAUAAUCACUACAUCUUUCGCAGGCAGACCCUCUCCUUUUCUCUUCAGAGAGGAACAGGGCUUUGCUUUGCAGAUCAGAUCCAAAUUCUGCGAUCUGUGUUCCACAUGCACUGAGAAUCGUCAGUUUGGAUUCUUAGGAAGAGCUAAAGGAUGGGUAUUUUGUUUACUAAAAUGUUCUCUUCGCUCUUUGGCAACAAAGAGGCCCGGAUCCUUGUUCUCGGACUCGAUAAUGCUGGCAAAACUACGAUUCUCUAUCGGCUUCAGAUGGGUGAAGUUGUGUCCACAAUUCCAACAAUUGGAUUUAACGUCGAAACAGUGCAGUACAACAAUAUCAAAUUUCAAGUAUGGGAUCUUGGUGGACAAACAAGUAUCAGACCCUAUUGGAGAUGUUAUUUUCCUAACACUCAAGCCAUAAUUUAUGUUGUUGAUUCAAGUGACACUGAUAGACUGGUGAUUGCUAAAGAUGAGUUCCAUGCAAUCCUAGAGGAGGAAGAGCUAAAAGGUGCUGUUGUUCUCAUCUUUGCAAACAAGCAGGAUCUUCCUGGGGCACUUGAUGAUGCUGCAAUUACAGAGGCUUUAGAGCUGCAUAAGAUUAAGAAUCGUCAAUGGGCAAUUUUUAAAACUUCUGCAAUUAAAGGAGAAGGUCUCUUUGAGGGCAUGGACUGGUUGAGUAACACACUCAAAUCUGGAGGUGCUUAAUCUUUUGGAGAAGAGUUGAAAGGUACUGCUGUGAGCGGUGUGCCUGGGCCAGGAAUAGAAAGGGCAGAGAAGUUGGCACUUGUAAUGGCUGGUAAUAGAAAAUCUAUUCAUGUUUGUGAUUAUUGAUAAUUGACAUUGACCGAUUUUUCUCACUAAUAUACUUGUAAAAUUUUCAUACAAAUUGUGACCAAUUCGUUAUUUUGUUUUGUAACAUUGCUUUCUUGUUCACUUUCUUUGCUGAGCUCUUUCAAUUUUGUUUUCCUCUCUUUUGUACUGUAUUUGAAGGUUGUAAUGAUGGCUUCAUUUUGUUCA